GCCCCGCUUGCCCUGAGUGGUCCCCCGGCCGGCAAGGCGGGCCCCGGAGGCCACCGGCGCUCGAAGGGAGGCGGAGGGGUCCGCGGGUCAUCUAGUCCAGCCCCAGAGACCCUCCGCCCCUUGGAAGGGCGACCGCCGGCCCUGUUGCCCGCCAAAGCCCCCUGCCCGGUUACGGGGGGGGCGGGAGGGCCUGGCAAUGAAGCCCGGGGCUGCUGGGGCUGCUGCUCCUUGCCGGGCGGGGGAGGGGAAGGGCCAGGCGGAGGACCCCCGGGGACCCCUCUGGGCAUCGGCAGUUGGGCGUUGGCUGCUUGCAGUUGGGAGCCUGGCCCCGAGACGCAGGGGCCCCGGCUGCCGAUGGGACCCCAGGAUCCGCCUCUGAGGGCCCAGGCUGGGGAGGGGUCAUCCUGAGGGGGCCCUUCUGUCUUUCAGCUAGGAGGAUGAAUCCAGGCACGGAGAUCCGGAAGCCGCUGCGGGCCAGGAAGACGAUGGCGGUGAGCAGCCGGAAGCAGGUGGAGCACCUGAGCAAAAUGAAGGCUGUCCAGGCUGGAGAAGGGGCCGCGCGCCAAGGGAGGCCGGCGGGAGCCAGGGGGCUGUGUCCGGGGGCCCAGGAAGAGCUCCACGGCAGGGAGGCUGCAGCCGGACAGGAGCCGCUGCAGGCCAAGGAGCCCCUGCCCAGCUUGCUGGUGAACUCCGAAAUCAGCAUUUACAAGGACCCCCAGGAAAUGCUCCAGCACCUCCCGACGCCAGACGUCAAGCAGUUCUUGAAUAACAGCACGUUGCCGGACAUCCUUUGGUACUGGUACAAAAAGGAAUCCGGCUCCCCCUCGUUGAAGCGGGCCGAAGCAUCCCUGGAAUCGGGGCCGGCUGGGCAGCUUCUAGAUCAGCUUCCGGGAGCCUCUUCCACACACGAAAACGCCGCCGUAGACGCAGCAGCCAAAACACCAGCCUGCCAGGCCCUCCCAGCACUGCACUGGGAAGAAAGCCGCUUCGGGGUGCCUGAAAGAGACGGGGUGCCCACAGUGUCCCUGGGAGACGGUCAGAGGAAGAGGACGAUGUCCAGCAACAGCGAGGAAGACGAAGGCCUCUCCAAGCGCAGCAAAGCCUCCGAGGACCCCGCGGAGGGGACCACCCCAGCCGUGGAGAGAGCGGAGUCCGGGCUGGGAAAGGUCAAGUGCUUGAUUCGAAAUCAGCUGGAGGCCUCGAUGAGGGAAUUAGACCAGGGUCUCCAACACUUAAAUGAAAAAAUUGAUCGCACGCAGUGCCUGCGGAAACACGAAGGCAUCGCUAUUAAGAUUGUAAAGAAAAUCUCCAGACUGGACAGACACAUUGACGCUGUGAUCUCGUUCCAGAGGACGCUAUUAUCCCAGAGGGCCAAGCAGCGCAGGGCACAUGCUCAGAAUAAAAUAUUCCAUGAGGCCAGCCUGCCUCCAAACACGGCAGCUGGCAAGCCACCCCAAAAGCCAACAUCAACCGAAGUCUUGUCUUCCACUGUGGAAAGGUCCUCCGGUGCGGACACAGUCCCUGGGGUUGAGGCGCCGAAGCCAAGCUCGGGGGUGCUGGCAGCCAGGGUUCCAGCUCACCCCCCGAAAGCAGCUGCUGGGCACCCAGAUCCUCCAGGCAACCAGUCACAGGAUGCCUUGGUGAUCGACUUAACAGACGAAGAAAGCAACCCUGACCAAGAGAAGAAAAAAGUUGGAGGAAGCAGACACCUGGGCCACGAAAGCCGGCCACCGGAGAGCCUUCCGCAGCCUGCAAGAGAGUCCCCGGAUCAGGUGCCCCCAAGGUUCCCGCACCUGCCUCCCUUGCCCAGCGUUAAGCCGGACCCAGCACCCUGGGAGGGCCUCCAGGACACUCCACCCCCCCAGAAGCUGGAGCUGGUGGUGGCUCCGGUGAACCAGCCCAAGGGCAUCGCUCUGCAGUGGACCAUCAGCCACGUGGACCCCCGGUGCGCCCCCAUCGAGAGCUUCUCCCUCUUCAUGUGCCUGGAGGACGUGGGCAGCGGCACCACCUCCGCCUGGAAGCGGACCAGCGUCAUCAAGGCCCUCCCGCUGCCCAUGGCCUGCUCGCUCUCCCAGUUCCCCCGCUCCGUCAGGUGCUACGUCACCAUGCAGUCCAGGGACAUCCACGGGCGCCACGGGCCCUUCUGCGAGGUCCAGGCCGUCUCAGCGCUCUAGCGGGGGCUUCCGGGGAGCGGCAGGACCCCUUCCCCAGCCUGACGGCCCUCUUCCCGGAUGCUCCGUAGGGGCAUGGAUUCCCCGGCUCAGCGUGCCGAAAACGCCCCAGCCGGGGCUCAGUUGGCCUCCCGUGGGGGAAGGUCUGAGAAAAGGCUCCCGGGAAGACGCCCCCCCCCCCCCCAACGCCGAUGCCUCCCGAGAGAAGAAACGGAAGGUUCUCCUCCCGCUUCACCUGCGGGGAGGAUCCGACUCAAGACCUCCAAGAGGGGGGGGGGACUUUGCUUUCAGUAUUGCUUCCAUCCCGUCACCUACAAGAGGGGAAAGGAGAGAUGGAGGCUCUUUUGCCCCAAAGCCAAGUGGGUCAAAAGAAAGAAAUUAUUUUUUCUAAAUAAAGUGCCUU